UGACCAUAUGAUAUAUGUCUACUCUUCCUACUUCACCUUAUUCCUCCACUUACCUUUGUUCUGCCUCACUUUCCUUCAUACAAUCAUACUCUAACUGGUUUACUUCAAAUUGCUUUCUCUGAUUCACUUGAUCAUCUGCCAUUGAUUUAGUGUUUGAUUGUGCAGCAUUUACAUCAAAUGGCACCUACUGCUGAUACAACACCUCAUGAACAGGUUGUUCUUGGAGAAGAGAUAGACCAUGUGAGGCUCAUCACUUUGAACAGGCCUAAGCAAUUGAAUGCUAUCUCACCUGAACUGGUUUCUCUGCUAGCAGCAUAUUUGGAAAAGUGGGAGAAAGAUGACGAAGCAUACCUAAUUAUAAUAAAGGGAGCUGGUAGGGCUUUUUGUGCUGGAGGGGAUUUGAGAGUAUUCUAUGAUGGCAGGAAAACAAAGGAUUCCUGCCUUGAAGUGGUCUACCGAUUUUACUGGCUUUGCUAUCACAUCAAAACCUAUAAGAAAACCCAGGUUGCUCUUGUUCAUGGAAUUUCAAUGGGUGGAGGUGCAGCUUUGAUGGCCCCUAUGAAGUUCUCAGUCGUAACCGAGAAAACUGUUUUUGCCACUCCUGAAGCAAGUUUUGGGUUCCAUACUGAUUGUGGCUUCUCGUACAACCAUUCUCGUUUACCAGGGCAUUUGGGUGAAUACUUGGCACUUAGUGGAGCAAGGUUGAAUGGGAAGGAAUUAGUUGCAGCUGGACUGGCAACCCAUUUUGUCUCUUCUGAGCAAAUUGAUGAGCUAGAGAAGCGCCUGAUCAGCUCAAACUCUGGUGAUGAGAAUGCUGUAAGAUCAGUGAUUGAAGAAUUUUCAUUAGAAGUUAAAAUUGAUGAAGAGAGUAUCCUAAACAAGAAGUCAAUAAUUGAUGAGUGCUUCUCAAAGGAUUCUGUUGAAGAAAUUAUAAAAUCAUUGGAAACUGAAGCACAAAAAGAAGGAAAUGGAUGGAUAGGUGCAGUUUUAAAAGGAAUGAAAAGAUCAUCACCUACUGCAUUGAAAAUAGCCUUAAGAUCGGUUCGCGAAGGAAGGAAUCAAACACUAUCUGAAUGUUUAAAGAAGGAAUUCGGAUUAACAAUUAAUAUACUCAGAACUGUAAUAUCUGAGGAUAUGUAUGAGGGUAUUAGAGCUCUCACCAUCGACAAGGAUAAUUCUCCAAAGUGGGAACCUCCAUCACUUGAUAAAGUAGAGGAUGGAAAGUUGGACUUAAUCUUUCAGCCAUUUGAUAAGGAUUUGGAGCUACAGAUUCCAGAAAGGGAAGAAAACAGAUGGGAUGGUAGAUAUGAGAGUUCAGCUUAUGCUGUUCCAAACUGAGCAAUGCCAAUCUCUGGUUAGAGGUUACUUGUGAAGAUAAUAUUUAUAAAAUAAAUUUGUGGAAUAUUCCAUUAUGCUCUAGCUUUUUGGAGGGAAAUGGAAUGAUUAUUGAGUGAAACGUGACAUAGGUUUUCUAGAAGAAAACAUUCUUUUCAUAUAUAGAUAGACUACUUGAAGCAAUUGUGGCCCAACAAGUGGCAUCAUCAUGUAAAAAUAAAAUGUUUGCAUUCAGAAUGUUUUUGGGCCUAACAAUUGUAAGCCAAUCCUAUUUAAUCUGUGACGCUUGAGCA